CAGAAGUACCACGAAUGGUGGACGUCCGUAAAAGUUUAGAGGAAACUCCCUCCGUUUUGACAGCGCAAAUACCUUAUUUCGUGGCAAAAUUAUCAGUUAUGGUGUCGUGACAUUAAAAACAAAAGAUGAAAGUGCAGAACGGCACGUUUGGUUGGGUAAUCCUCGGGAUGCUACUGUUCCUUGGUACCUUUGGUCUUCAUGGAGGGUUCUACCUGGCACUUUAUGGCCUUGCUCUGAUACUCGGGGCGGUGGUAGCUUUCCAUCUUCACGGCAUGACCAAACUCAAAGAAGAAGAGUUGACAUCGAAAUACCAACGACUGCCGAAACCAGACAUUGGCAUCAAGAAGCUCGUACAGGAAGUUAGAUCAGCUCAGACUAAAUAUAAAACAGACAAACGCUUGACUGGUGCAAAUAUUAUAGAUGAAGUUUUACAAGAGGUACUGUUCUAUCUAUUCCGAGACUAUAUCAAGUCCUGGUACAGAAAGAUUAGCGAUCACGAGAGUUUCCCUCACGAUAUUCGCCUAACGAUGCAACGUGUUAUCAUUGCAUUUUCUGAACGAUCCAAGCAGGUUGAAUGGGUGCCAUAUUUUACAACAAGACUUGUAGAUGAUUUUGCAUCACAUCUCCGUCUCUACAGACGAUCACAGGAAAAAGUGGCCAUAUAUAGAAAAGAUGAAUCUAAACCGCCAGCAGACCUGGAGUCAAUCUUCUUUGACCUCGAGGUGGACAUGGAGGACAACAUCACACGUGACAUGAUCUGUACUGAUAGGGAACAUGAAAGGCAAUAUUUACAAGAUCUGAGUGAAGUGUUACUAUUUCUUCUGCUCCCGCCUGAUGACUUCAACAACAAACCAUUCCGCUAUAUUCUGCGCGAAAUUCUCGUGAAUUUUAUAUUCCUUCCUACCAUCGAGUUGGUGUCGGACCCUGACUAUGUCAAUCAAACUAUAGCUUGGCUGUGUAAAGAGACAACAUUCACCAACGAAACCUUCAUGGCCAUCAUAAAGAUGUCUGACUCUAUAGAGGAGCUUCAGGCUGUCAAAGAGAAGGUCGACCUUGACAUCGCACGCCAAAGGUCACGGGACACGGGUGGCGAGGAUGAUAUUGUAAUCAAAGCCCAGCUUGGCAGCUUGAUCCAUGUCAAGGAGGCGUGUGAGUUGAGGAUCCAGAGAAUUCACGACGGGACGGAUGAAUUCAUCACCGAGGCAUCAGGGCUUGAUGUGAGCAAACUGAUGGCUCGCGGCCAACGUCUCUACAGUCUCCCGUUCGAUGUCGUGCUCAACAACAACGUUGCCCUUGAUUGCUUCAUGGAGUUCCUAACGAGUAUCGGCGCCAGUGGUUAUCUCAGUUUCUAUUUCAACGCGGAUGGUUUCCGCCUCACCAUGGAACAACAGAUGAACAAUGCACGCAUCAAACAACUCAUAAAUGGAAACACAUUAGAACCUGAUGUGGAGAAUUUGCGUGAAAUGGCGAUGGUGAUUUAUGACCAGUACUUAUCUGAGAAGUCGACACAGCGCAUUAAGUUGGACAGUGAUCUCGUCAAACGGACGUUGCAGCGGAUUAAAAAUGGUCCGAUUGAUGAUGAGGUGUUUGAAGAAGCUCAAGCAAGGGUUGCGGACAUUCUCCAAGAAGAUAAGUACUUCCUCGCAUUCCAGAAGAGUCAAAUGUAUAUCAAACUCCUCGCUGAACUUGACCUGCUUCAGGACGGCAACCGCUCAGAUACAGAAGACUUUGGGACCACAGAUGAUGAGUCACUCUCGUCCAAAACAAGUAGUUUACACGCAAAGCUUAAAGAUUUACAUAAUAUAAUGUACCAUAACCAAUCAACAGAAGACGUGGCAUCCGUCUCAUCCUGUGACAGUUUAUCAUCAACGGAGGUCACCACGCCCACUGCCCCUAAGAACGUCUGGUUCAAUAUAACAGCUAGGAUUACACAAACAGGUAUUGCAAAGGACGAUGCAACAAAGAAGGAGUUUGCACUUUACGCCGUCACAGUGACCAAGACUAACUACGAUGGCUCGGAAGAGGUGUGGAACGUCUACCGUCGUUAUAGCGAUUUCCAUGAUCUCCAUCUCAGUAUAAAGGAACGGUAUGACGAGUUGAGCACUCUGACGUUUCCCGGCAAGAAGGCGUUCAACAACAUGAAUAAGGAGUUCCUAGAACGACGACGAAAGGACUUAGAUGGUUACUUACAGACGUUACUUCAUCCCAAGAUUGUUGCUUCCACGCCAGGCCUUCAAGACUUCCUGGCUCAGUUCUUAGACCCAGUAGCUUGGGAGAAGGGCAAGAGUGAGUUUGUGAGGAAGGAACCGAAUAAGAUGGACACACUGGUGAAUCCGCUCAAGAAUUCCGUGAGGAACGUCGGCAAUGCGGUCAAAGCGGUGCCAGAGAACUUCGUGGAUGGUGUUACGAAGGUGUCGGACGGUAUCAAAGGCAUCCCGGGCAACGUCGUGGGUGGGUUUGGAAAGUUAUUCAAGGGUCCCAACGCACCAAACAUGUCCACUACAAAGGAGCUAUUAGACAGUGGUAAAGUUGGUGCAGCAAUCGACAUCGACGAUGAUGAUAAUAUUCCACUCCGAAUCAUGUUGCUACUCAUGGAUGAGGUAUUCGACCUGAAGCAUCGUAACCAAUGGUUACGGAGACGGAUCGUUCCCAUACUCAGACAGAUUAUCAAGGCCACAUUUGGAGACAUGAUCAAUAGAAAAAUAGUUGAUCAUGUCGAGUGGUUGACAUCAUCAGAACAGGUGGCGGAGUAUGUGAAGGCUUUGAGAGACGCCUUGUGGCCGUGUGGGGUACCGGCAGAGAUACGCUCAAUCAGAGAUCAUAACACAAAGAUGCGAACUCGGGUCGUGUGCAAAGCCAAGAUGUUGGGCAAUAUAUCAGAUGAGAUUAAGACAUUGAUGGGCUCAGAAUCAACGCGUCUCGGUGUUCAGCGAGUUUUCAACUUAUUUCAACACAAAACGUUGAAUAAACGACUUGUUUACGUGUUUCUCGAGGGAUUCAUGGAAACUUUAUUCCCAGAAAAUAAAUUCCAGGAUGUGUUCCACAAAAUUCAUUCCCAGUCUCCUCGUGUGAAAACAGAAAAUGCUAAAGAUGGCCGCCGGUCAAACAGCAACAAAUCAGGGACGAGAAUCAGAAACAAGAAGACGAAGCGAUGAUUGUUGUCUUACGAUGCUGUGUUGGCUUAUUAAAUACUGCCUGGGCUUGAUCAGGCCUUGGGGGGAUGGAGCGAGGUCAAAGCGUGAUGGUCCUUUGAAAGAGAUCCCACUGUGGAAGCAGUAAUGCUGAGUGAUUGAACCAUCUGUCUGAGUGAUCUUCUUGUGAGGCCAAGAUGGUAGAAACUCUCCUCUGUCAACCCUCUGUCCUGUAAGACUUCAGAUUGAGGUACUGAUGAUGUGGUGGUGCUUGAUUGCUGAUAUCAAAUCAUUAUCAGCUGAUAUCCCAGGAUCAUGCCUCUGUCCAUCAAAUCAUUAUCAGCUGAUAUCCCAGGAUCAUGCCUCUGUCCAUCAAAUCAUUACCAGUGAAGUGUACAUUGCCAUGCUAAACUUGACUGAAAAUGCUUAAAUUCAUUCAUUCCAUUAUUUGACUUGUUUUCUGAAAUGUCUUGUGUGACUAAAUUCAGGUUGUGCUUUAUGAUGUUGAAGCUUUCAUGUCCUGCCUGUUAUGGGUGUAAUGUUUUAGUUUGAGAUUAAUAAUGAUUUUCCAAUGACCAAGUGAUUUAACACAUUGAUAACAGGGAGCUGCGUGUGCUGGUAAUGGGUGAUGGAGAAACUCUAUGUGAUAUUAAUUGGUCAUCUUGUACUUGUUUGCUCUACGGGGAUUGGUGGGAUGAAGUCUGGAGAUGAAUACUUGCUCACAAAUCAUAAAUUUGAUGGCAAAUUGUAUUUCCAAAUUGGAAUAAUGCCGUUGUGAUGUCGUGGCUUUUGAGUGUGUUUGGUAUAAAACAGUAAAGGAUUUGAUGAAUCACUUUGAUUGAAAUUUCCAAAGACUUCAAAAUUUGUCCAUCAAAAUAUGGAGGCUCUUGUUGCAUUUGGAUGAUUUGGCAUCCCAACUCACUUCAUGUAAACUGGUUAGUGUAGAACUCUGUAUAUAUCAGCAUCAGUAUAUGUAUAUAAUGUACAUUAAUAUUAUUGAACAAAAUAUGUGUCAUAGACAAUCUAUUAGGGGUCCUCGAAACAAUCAUCUGUUUUUAUUAUCGGAGUGAUUUGUUGCAUUUUGAGUCUUGUCAAAGCAGGUCUGUACUUGGGAUUAUUGAUCAUCAUCAGGGUCAGAAGGCUCUCUCGGAGUUGAUGUCCUUAGGGAGCAGUGGGUUAUCCACAACAUGGUCCAGCUUGGAACUUGACUUAUCGCUGACUUUGGACCGUCAGCUGAAAUCCUGGGUGAUGGGCUUCUAGUAACAUGGGUUAUUUGUGGGGGCUUUAUGUGUCAGUUUGUCUUGAGUGUUACACAUAUAAACAGCCUUAUUUAUGACAGUCUGUGCAUCGAGUAUAAAUGACUCCACUAGGAGUCCUGAUAUCAUUGUAUUAAUUGGCAAGGGGUGUUAGUUUGUUCAAAGCUCAUAGUCUAUUUUUAGAUGCUGUUGUUGUUUGUCCUAUGAAAUUUAUUUACAACCUCCGCCUUGGGGGCGUUGCUAGUGCUGCUUUGGCUUGAUAGGCAGCCACCUCUGGACUUGUCACAGGCUGCACCGUCAUAGCCAGUGUGUGUUGGCAUCUUUGAUAGAUCAGUGUUCCUGCCUGUCAAACACAAGGUAGUUACUACAGCGCCAGUGGCAGAGGUUGAGGUUUUUCAAAUUGACAUGAAGAACCCAGGCCAUUUCACUCUUUCAGUACAUUUCAGCUUGGGGUGCAAUAGAUAGAAGCUAUGUUUUGUGCAUGUCAUGAUGAUAGUUUUAUUACCCAGUGCUACAGAAUUUAUCAAGAUGUCAGAUAUGAUUAUUUUAAUGUGUUGUGUUGCCUCCAUUGAGAUGUUACCUGUUUUAGUGCGAGAUGUAUUCAUAAUAAUUCCAUCCUAGAUAUAGUCCAGUCAAACUAAGUUUUGACAGGACUACCACAGUGAUUGUGAUCCUAAGACUGGUCCUGAUUCAGGUGCGAUUCAUUCUGCAGUUAAAGGCCUACAGUGUGCAUGAACAUGGUUUUGUCUGUGCCACAGUUCAGUGUACUUAAUGGCAGUGGUGAAAGUUUAUGUACUUACAUUAUUGAAAUUUCGAAUAGCAGCACAGGUGUGUAAGGUUGCCAGAGUUAGUGGCUACAUUCCAUGUAUAAACGGACCGAACUCCCUAUAAGUGUGAAAUUCAGCUUAUUGAUGUGAUAAUUUAUUUGUUGGCCAAGAGCGAUACCUGAUGGUACCAUUGAUGUCCAUGUAGCCGAUUGUUCUAGGGUAAGGGGUGAUCUUGUUGGUGUGGUGUGGUAGUAGGCUGUCACAGUAGCUCAGCUUUGGCAGGAGAGUAGUAGAGCCUAUUUCAAGUAUGGUCUGCACAGAACAUGAAAAACGCCUGAAAAUGGCUGCGGAAAUUUGCUAGUUUUUGGAUUGAAAUGCUUGUUUUUGGUGAUUCUCUCCUGACAGUGGUGAGGUUGUGGCCUGGACACAAUGCCAUUUCUUUGAUGAAUUUGAGACCAGUGUUGUUGGAGUUAUUGAUCAUGUUUUAUGUAGGUAUACAUACACCAGAAUAAAUGAAUCCUAAAUG